UUCUCGGCAAGUGGAAUCCAAUCCGAUGUAAUCCAAACGAAUCCAAAAUUACGAUAAAGAUUUAUUUUGACGAGUUCCAUCAACCCUUUCACCGCGAAGAUGUCAGUGAUUUGCGCUGGCCGAGAAUUGCUCGCAAACCCCUUUAGGCCGUGUGCAACGGGACCACCUAUCAUCACGUCGUACGUGCCCGUGGUUGUUGAAGCACCGAAACAGGAACGCAUCGCCGCUCCCACGUGUUCCCAAAGCUCAGCGUCUGAAUUGACGCCCGAAGACAAGCCCUGGCUCACCGAAGAAGUGAAAGUGGCUAUAAAAAAGAAAAAUGAACUGUACAAGGUGGCCCGCGAAUCCCAGAAGCCCGAUGACUGGGCUGCCUUCAAGAAACAACGCUUUGCUAUCGGCAAGCUCAUACGUGCCACCAAACAGAGCCAACCCCGCAAAGUGCAGGCGGCGAAGUCGACUUUCUACUGCGAUCCGUGCGACCGUGCUUUCGUCGAUCAAGCCGACUAUCACGAACACGUGAGUGGGCAUGUUACGUGCGGACGGGAAGGAUGUCGCUUCUCUGCAUGCGCGAAAUUGGUCGAACUUCACGUCAAGUUGCAGCACGACACCGGGCUCAUACGUCGAAUACCAGCAGAAGGGCCAGAAGAUGCUGAAGAGUGGAUCAAGCAAAGAAAGGCGAGAUACCCCACGCUGAGAAAUAUAGCGGCCAAGAAAGCUCAGCAGCAAGAGAUGAAGUCGAGAAGAGAGGUUUUGGACACGAAGACCUGGAAGAAGAGGGGUAACAGGUUUCAAAGGAGAAGACGUAAGAAAGGAAAGAACAACAAGCAGCAACACCCAAUCGAGAGAGUGAAAGACACAAAGCUUGAAAAGGUACACACAAAAUGUGAAAAAGCUCCAGAAGCCGAUUGGAUGAACUGCGAAGAUGCCGGCGAUUUCAAGCCCGAAGUGUCGGAAAAAGUUGACGAAAAAGAAGAGGGGGAAAUUACAGGUUCCGACUCUGAGGACCCUGUAACUGUCGCUCAAGCAAAAGGAGCCGAAGUGAAAAAAGAGAUUGAGGUACCGAGCGUGUUGAAGUCUCUUAUCGAUUGUUACGGGAGUUCCUCGGAGGACGAAACCCCCGAAGUGAGAGUCCCGGCCCCGCCAGCAGCCGCAACUGUCGAACAGCCAAAAGAGUCAUCCUUGCCAGAGGAACCAACAAAAGCUUCGAAUAAGGUGCAGCACCAGGGUCAAAAACGCAAGCAACAGAAUGCACCAAGACCGUGUCACACGAAUAAGAAACGACUGACGCUUUUGGAGAAACUGCUUGCGAAUGAGAUGCGGCACGAGCGCAACAUCUUGCUUCAGUGUGUUCAUUUUGUGGUUAAAAACAAGUUUUUCGAGGACAGUGAAUGUCACUCGCCGAAAGAAGAGCCAAUCGCAGAUUUGUCCCAGCACGACAGUCGUGAAGAAAACUGUGAAACAGCCCUCUCUGUUCUGUCUACUGAUGGCAUAAAGACCUAAUGUGUGAAAACAAAAACGACUUAUGCUAUUUUGUGUUCCGUAAAAGUACACAGGACAUUGCAGUUCAAAGACAGUAUGAAGCUUCCAUUAGGCAAACAAAGUCUGGUUACCAUGGACUGCCAAAUUGUGAAGCUAGGAUAAAUUUUCAAACAGUUGGAUAUAUAGGAUCAAAUGGAUGUGUUUCAUGUUUAUGUGUUAUGUUUCAACAGAAGUAGAUAUGAAUGAGACACUCAUCUGUAUGGUGACUUCGUUGGAGCCCGAACGUUGAAGUGUUGAAGCACUAACUCUCAAAGUCAAGUGCUGUGCUUUCGGCCAGUAUAACUUUUUUUCCAGCUAAGCAUCCAAAGAGAAAUAUAUGCUUCCUGCUUGUUCUGCAGCAGGUUGAAUCAGUAUUAAACAGCAUUUUGUCAGUU